CCAAGCGUAACCUUCAAAAAUAUAUUUCUCAAACGAAAUUUCAAAAUUAUUGGAAUAGCAACCAAAAAAAAAACGAACAUUUGCAGUCAAAUGAAUCGUCACAGAGUUAUCACUACCAUAGCAGUAAUAAGUCAGGGCAUACGAACUUUGGGAAAACCCUCGACUUUACAGGAGAUCACCGAGUAUAUUGGAAGCAAGAUGGGUGUGUCAGGACGUACAUUAAAGGAUGAGGUCAAGUUAUUGCUAGAGGAAUACCAACCAUUUGGAUUUUUCCAUAAGGAAGGAGAUCGAUACAGUCUACCAUCCGAGUUGCUGGCAAUAAUGAAUGAUAACGAUCGGACACAACCUGAACGGUCCGUGGAAUCAGCACAAGUCGAGAAUCCUAAGGAAUCAUAUGAAGUAUAUGGCUACAUGUCCAAUAUUGAUCAUUCUAAGUCCCUCAGACAUCCGUACCUCUAUAGCUUUAACUAAUCGGGCUAUCGAAGACUAUUUUGAAUGUAACAGUUGGUUAGGUUUUAUUUAGACGAACUCCCAUAUUUUCGGGUUAUAAUAAAAGUGGGUGAUUUCGAUGUA